AAGGAAAAGCUGUGUUUAUUGCAGAGCAAGGGUACAACGGGACAGCUGCCUGUUUUUCCACGCCACCAACAGCCAUGGACAGCACCUUUGACCACCUGGACGCCGCUGGCUUCCUGCAGAUCUGGCAGCACUUUGAUGCAGAUGAUAAUGGGUACAUUGAAGGGAAAGAAUUGGAUGACUUUUUCCAUCAUAUGCUGACAAAACUGGGUCCAGGGGACAAGGUGACCGAAGACAAGGUGCAGCAGCUGAAAACACGAUUCAUGUCAGUCUAUGAUCUCACUGCGGACGGACGUCUGCAGAUCCAGGAGCUGGCCAACAUGAUCCUGCCGGAGGACGAGAAUUUCCUGCUGCUCUUUCGCAGGGAGACACCCCUGGACAACAGCGUGGAGUUCAUGAAGAUCUGGAGGAAGUAUGAUGCCGACAGCAGUGGCUUCAUCUCAGCUGCCGAGCUCAAGAGCUUCCUGAAGGACCUGGUUGUGCAGCACAAGAAGGUCGUGUCCUCCAGGAAGCUGGAUGAAUACACGGACACCAUGAUGAAAAUUUUUGACAAAAAUAAAGAUGGCCGGUUGGAUCUGAACGAUUUAGCCAGAAUCCUGGCUCUGCAAGAAAACUUCCUGUUGCAGUUCAGAAUGGAUGCCUCCAGCCAAGAGGAGAGGAAGCGAGACUUUGAAAAAAUAUUUGCUCACUACGAUGUUAGUAAGACAGGAGCCCUGGAAGGACCAGAGGUGGACGGCUUUGUGAAGGAUAUGAUGGAACUAGUUAAGCCCAGCAUCAGCGGCAUGGACUUGGACAAGUUUCGAGGAGUUCUCCUGCGUCAUUGCGACAUGAAUAAGGACGGAAAGAUCCAGAAAAACGAGUUGGCUCUGUGCCUGGGGCUGAAGGUCAAGGUCUAGCCCAGUGAGUGGAGACCAAUGCCCAGCCCUCCCCUUCACCUGCGGACCCCCUCGACAUGACUUUUAGAAAGGGUUGAGGGUCACUCCGAGCACGACUGCAAUCUCUACCGCAGAAUCGCACAAACUUGUAUUGUUGUAUUUAAUGAUAAUACUGUAAGAAAUAACCACAUACUGCACACAGUCCCGUAUAAUAAUACUACAGUGGCACACAGCUCAUGGAAAUAUGUAUUAUUACUUCUGAGCGAGGAACUACACAUAGAAAGCUUAUCAUUUUUGGUCUAAAAAGCAAAAUCUAUCCAGUGUUGCUUAUUAUUUUGCUCUAUUAUAGCAACUUGGACGGACUGCUGCAUUAAGUGAAUGAUAGAGAAUGCUGAAAAUGACCGCAAUUAUACAAUUUGGUUUGUGCCAUUAACUCUCGAUUGAAUUAAGAAUUAUGAAAAAUUCAUGGUUAAAAUAAAACCGACUUGUGUGCCUGGAUUCCAAGUUUGCCUCUGACAAUGGCGUCAAACUUCCUGGCCAUCUGUAUGCAUGCAGAUGUUUAACGAUUAAAAUAAAUGUAUUUACUGCUAG